AUGGGUUUAGGAUUUACAUAAUUAAUGAAAGCAUGUACGCUCCCGCCCAAAUCUGGACCAUGUAAAGCCUACUUUCCGAGAUACUUCUACAACACUACAAGCUGCUCGUGCGAAAAGUUUAUCUAUGGCGGUUGUCAGCCGAACGAAAACAAUUUCGACACGUUAGAUGCUUGCGAAAAAGCGUGUAACAACUGGGCUUCAAAUGUCUGCUCGCUACCCAAGGUUGUUGGACUAUGUAAGGCAUAUUUCCCGAGGUGGUAUUUCGACAAGGAUACGUGCACGUGCCGUACGUUUGUUUAUGGAGGCUGUCAGGGAAACGACAACAGGUUCGACACCAAAGAAGAUUGUGAGUCACACUGUCGGUGUUAUGAGUGUCCGGGCCUGUGCGACCUGCCUAUCCUGGCAGGCGACCCACCCGUGAUCUGCUUAGCGUACUUUCCCAAGUAUGGCUUUAACUCUGCGACAUGUCAGUGCGAAAAGUUCAUAUACGGUGGAUGCGGGGGUAAUGGUAACAGAUUCGACACAAUAGAAGAGUGCGAGUCGAAAUGUCCGGGGUGUCCACCUCCUAUUCCGUCCUGCAAGGACAGUCCAGAUACUGGAAAGUGUGACGCCGUCAUCCCUCGCUUCUUUUACAACACCACGGCAUGCCAGUGUCAGACAUUCAACUGGGGCGGAUGCGGUGGGAACGGAAACAAUUACGAGACUAUGGACGAUUGUCUUAAACAGUGUAAGGAUUACGGCGACUGCGAUCAAGACAAGACCAACAACUGUUAUUUGCCAGCAGACACUGGACCAUGCGAGGCAUUGAUAAAGAGGUUCCACUAUGACCCACUGGAGUGCAAAUGCAAGUCAUUCACUUACGGUGGGUGCGAAGGAAACAGCAAUAAUUUCCUAUCGAAUCGAAAGUGUAAGCGUGCCUGUGGCAACUCGACAUGUCCUGUGUGUAAUUUGCCAUCAGCUGCCGGUCCUUGUAAAGGAUCCUUCCAGAGAUUUUUCUUCAAUAUCCAGACGUGUAUGUGCGAGCCAUUUAUAUAUGGUGGCUGUGGAGGGAACGAGAACAAGUAUGACACAAAAGAAGAAUGUCAGGCACUGUGCGGCUCUAUAAUGUGCCCGGUUUGCAACCUGCCACCCAAGCGUGGAGGCUGCAAGGCAAACCUACAGCGCUGGCACUUCGAUGCUGCCUCAUGUUCAUGCAAACCUUUUACUUACGGCGGAUGUGGUGGCAACAUGAACAGAUUCCUGAGUGAGGCAGACUGCAAGGGAGCCUGUGGCAGCUAUCCGUGCCCCGUAUGUGCCCUUAACCUGAAGGUGGGCCCGUGUAGGACCGCCAUUAACAGGUGGUACUAUGACGCCAAUGAAUACAAGUGUAAAGAGUUCUCGUGGGGCGGCUGUCAGCCCAACGGCAACAACUUCCUGUCCAAGAAAACGUGCAAUAAGAUAUGUAAGGCCUUCGUAUGUACACUGCCAAAGAAGGUAGGAUCUUGCGCGGCGGGUUUCAAGCGCUACUACUAUGAUAAGGCGAGCAAAAUGUGCAAAAAGUUCCUCUGGAGUGGAUGCGAGUCGAAUGGCAACAAUUUUGCUACAAAACGAAAAUGCAGACGGCGCUGUGUGAACAAAUAAGCCUUACUCUUUAAUCAUUGAAUGUGUUUUGUUUUCUUCAGUAAACAAGAAUGCACGGAUAAUGAUUUGCUAUGGUCUUUACCGUAAUAAAUAGCAAAUACCGAGUUGUUUAGUCAGACACAUGGUCAUUCCAUUUCUUAAUUCAGUGCGUUGCCUUUUUAAGGGCAUACACAAGAAAGCUUGACCAUUGAAAACAAAUUGGAUACUAGUUUUACUCUUGACGCAUACAGACCGUUGCCAUUUACGGAGACU